AUGGAGGCCGGCGAGAGAUGGGGCGGGUGGGGCCGCGAGAAGCGCAAUGGGGCUUGUCCGCCGGCGGAAGACGGUGAAGGCGACGUCGUGUCUCCUUACCACCGAUUGAGUCAACGGAUGCAGGAUGUCACUGGUGACAGAGGGGUGUUGAAGGAGGUUAUCCGUGCCGGGGCUGGUGAUGUAGUGCCUGCUGAGGCUUCAGUAUUAGUGAAAUUUUCGGGGUACUUGGAACACAUGGACAGACCCUUUGACACAAACUGCUUCAAAAAAAAUCUAAGACUCAUGAAACUUGGUGAAGAAAUCACACUGCGGGGUAUGAUAGUUGGGCUCCUGACAAUGAAGAGAGGGGAGCUGGCACGAUUUCUCUUCAGGUCACCUUAUGCCUUUGGAAUGACUGGCUGCCCACCGUUGAUCCCUCCCAACGCCACCGUCUUGUUUGAGAUUGAACUUUUGGAUUUCUUAGACACCGCAGAAUCUGAAGAAUUCUUCGAGCUGACUCCUGAGCAACAGGAGAGGUUCCCUCUGCAGAAGGUGCUAAAGGUGACAGAAACAGAGCGAGAGUUCGGCAAUUACCUCUUCCGACAGAAGCACUUCAUGGAUGCCAGAGAAAGAUACAAGCGUGCUUCCUCAGUCUUGCAUCGUGUGGCUGCCAAAGAGGACGAACAAACGAAAGUAGAUACUGCCAAGCUGCUGGUCCUCUUGAACUUGUCCAUUACUUACCUGAAGCUGCGGCAUCCAGCUCGGGCACUUCUGUAUGGAGAAAGGGCCUUGGAACUAGAUCAGAAAAAUGCCAAAGCCCUCUUCAGGUGUGGCCAGGCAUGCCUUUCUCUGGCAGAAUAUGAGAGAGCUCGGGAUUUUCUAGUCCGAGCACAAAAAGAACAGCCCUUUAACCAUGACAUCAACAACGAACUGAAGAAGCUGGCCAGCUGUUACAGAGAAUUCAAGGACAAGGAGAAGGAGAUGUGCACCAGGAUGUUCAGCUCUCUUUCAGUGGAAGAAGAAUUAAAGACUUGUGUUUGCAAGCAGAGGAAGCGCCCUUGUAACAGCAUGCGCUUCUUGUUGCUGCAGGAGCAGGCCUCGCUUUGA